UUACCGAGAUUCUCCGACACACAGACACACACACACAGGUGCGUGCGAGCGCGAAGAGUGCGACAACUUUGUGAGAAUAUUAACACCACGAUCGUUCUUGUUGCAUUGGAUAAGACAAGUUUUCUAAAAUAUAUGGUUAAUUUGCAGUGAAUUUGUAAGGUAAUAUAUUGAAAACUAUGUUUUUCUGAGAAAAUAACAAAAAAUCUUGUGUGAACUAGAUAGAGUAUAACUGUUAGUGCUUUAUAAAAGCAAUUUAUAAAGAAUGCUUUAUAGAUAAUGUGUGUAUUUAAAAAAAAACAACUCUUGAGACAGAUAUAUCGGAUGUACUUAUUUAACUUCUUUAAGAAACAAUAAUCAUAGACGCUAGUACACGAAAUAAUGGUCAAAAUGUUGAGUGCCCUAAAGAAAUAAACGUGACUGAAAAUAAAUUAACUGCAUUUCUUAAAAAGUAAGAGAACUAAGUGGCCAAUUUCGGUUGUCUCACUUUUUCACCUUGAACCACGAGAUGAAUAUGUCGCCGACCAAUCACCGUCCAUUGUGCGCCCAUCAUUUUAAAGAAUAACCAAUAGACAAUCGCUGAGCGUAAGCAAUUGUCCAAUAGCAACUAUGUUGUUUUCAGUGGGCGUGUCUCCCACUGUAGCAGAAGAAACUGUAGCUGCGCUUCUGAUCACAGAAUCCUACCAGAUGGAGGGUCAUGGAGCUCUGUGCUAGAUGGAGGUUGUGUGCGGACUCCAACGGCUCCAGCAGGCCCUCCAGUAACAGCUAACCAUACUGUCUGCAUUGAGGCAUUUUCCUAGGCUGUCAUACAAGUUUCACACCAGGUGUGGUGGAUCAAAGUGUGCGUUGAGUUCUUCGGUGUCACCAAAUUCUAAUGAAUAUUCCCUCAGUAGUAGGAAGUAUGAGGUAGUUUGGUCUCAUGGGUCGUGAACUAUCAGGAACACCUGUAAACGUAAAGAGGGCUCCGCGCGCCGUCUGCUGUGGGGUUUAGGCCGAGAACGGGGGAGAUAUCGCUUCAAGAGCAGGACAUGAGAGAGCUGUACGUGCUGUAAGUGCAAAUCGACUUAGAAGGGAGAGGGCCGGACCGGACCGGAACACACCGCCAACAUGAAGGAAAAAUCCAAAAAUGCGGCCCGGACGCGUCGGGAGAAGGAAAACAGUGAGUUUUACGAACUGGCCAAGCUGCUGCCGCUUCCUUCUGCCAUCACCUCCCAACUAGAUAAAGCCUCAGUUAUCCGCCUGACAACCAGCUACCUGAAGAUGAGAACCGUGUUUCCUGAGGGUCUUGGCGAGUCCUGGGGUCAUGUGAGCCACAGCUCUCUGGAUGGUGUCAGCCUGGAAUUAGGCUCCCAUCUUUUACAGACUUUAGAUGGAUUCAUUUUUGUGGUAGCUCCAGAUGGAAAAAUAAUGUAUAUCUCAGAGACAGCGUCAGUGCACUUGGGUCUAUCACAGGUAGAGUUGACAGGAAACAGCAUUUAUGAAUACAUUCAUCCAUCAGACCAUGAUGAAAUGACAGCGGUCCUAACAGCCCACCAACCUUACCAUUCCCAUUUUGUACAAGAGUAUGAGAUGGAGCGCUCCUUCUUCCUAAGAAUGAAAUGUGUCCUGGCUAAAAGAAAUGCUGGUCUCACCUGUGGAGGCUACAAGGUGAUCCACUGCAGUGGCUACUUGAAGAUCCGUCAGUACAGCCUGGACAUGUCUCCAUUUGACGGCUGCUAUCAGAACAUCGGUCUGGUGGCCGUUGGUCACUCGUUACCACCCAGUGCUGUAACAGAAAUCAAACUGCACUGCAACAUGUUCAUGUUCAGAGCCAGUCUGGACAUGAAACUAAUCUUCCUUGACUCACGAGUUGCAGAGCUAACAGGCUAUGAGCCUCAGGAUCUCAUAGAGAAGACUCUCUAUCAUCAUGUCCACAUCUGUGACUCUUUCCACCUGCGCUAUGCACAUCAUUUGUUAUUGGUGAAAGGUCAAGUCACAACAAGAUACUACCGUUUCUUGGCCAAACAAGGUGGUUGGGUCUGGGUUCAGAGUUAUGCAACUAUUGUGCACAACAGCCGCUCAUCCCGACCUCACUGCAUUGUCAGCGUCAAUUAUGUCCUUACGGAAACAGAAUAUAAAGGUCUUCAGUUUUCUCUAGAUCAGGUUACAUCCAAGGCCUCCUUCCCGUUCAGCACCAAUAGUAUCACCAACAGCCUUCCAGAGAACUGCAAAACCCUCAAAAGCAGAGUGAUGCGCCCCAAGACCAAAUCUAGACUUUCACCAUACACUCAGUAUCCUAGCUUCAACACAGAGUCUGACCUGGACAGUCCAUGGGGAAGCAGUCCUCUCACAGACUCGGCUUCCCCUCAGCUGAGUGAACACAUGGAAGCCUCUUACAGCUGCAGAAACCUAUCUGAUCCACAGAGUCUCUGCUACAAUUUAUCUGAAGAGCAGCACCACACCACCAGUGAUAUCCAUGCACACGGUCAAGGGCAGAGUUGUGAGAGGGGUCGAUGUGAUGCAGGUAGAUAUUUUCUUGGAGCUCCACCAACCAGCAGGGAUACAUGGUUCAGCACAGCUCAGUCCUUUAUACCACUGAGUAAAAGGUAUUUGAACAACCAUGAUGGAUACAAUAGCAGUUUGGCAAGCAUCUCAGCAAUCCAGAGCAAGCAAGGCCGAGCCCACUGGGAGGAAGACAGCAUAGUCAGCUCUCCAGGUGGAGACUCAGUCAGUGACUCAGGAGAUCUGUAUCAAGCAGAUCACCAUUCCUGCAGCCCAGAGGAGCCCAAUAAAAUUGAGACUCUGAUUAGGGCCACACAGCAGAUGAUCAAGGAAGAAGAGAAUCAAAUGCAGUUACGCAAGAGCUUUGAAAAUACACCUCCAGGCACUGCCAAUGAGCUUCACAGGGGUGCUGCUUCAGGUUUUACUUCAGAGUACACUCAACGGUCCUUACAAACUAUGGUGUGCCGAAGUUUUAGCCAAGUGAUAAGCCCUGCUUCUAGUCCUACCCCUCUAUCUAGAUUUAGCAGUUCUAGUGCGGAGUGUUCGCACAGGCCCAAAGACUACCACCAGACUGACAUGAAUCCUCUUCCUUUGCAGUUACACAACCCAUUUGGUCGGUUGGUCUGCACACCUUUACCUACACCAGCCCCUGCACUUUACCCAUCUCACAGUCACCGACGAUCCUAUGUGGACAGACAUCCUUCAUAUUCCUUGACAGACUACACUCUGGAGCACCUGUAUGACCCUGAGAACCUGCGGGGCUACUGUACAUCUGCUAGCACUGACCACUACGAUCAUUUCCUUGUACCAGGAGAACAAAAUCCUGGACAUAAAGGGCAGUCAUUCAUUCUCACCAACAGUAGCGUUAGCUCCCACAAAGGGACUAGAGUCACAUAGUUUGUACAAGCUGGCUAUCUGGCAGGGUUCAGCUAUUUACAGUUUGCAUUCUAACUCUGCAAGGAAGCAACAAGUCAGGCAAUAACUAUAGAGGGAAUUAAUAUAUUUCUGAGUGUGUGAAAAAUAUUCACAAGAUGAAAUAACAAAAUCAUAGUAGAAUACCAGUGCCUGAAAUCUUAAGAGAUAAUGUUAUUUCAUUCUGUCAUUGUGUCCUUGGGCAAGACACUUCACCCUCCUUGCCUGCUGGUGCUGAUCUGAGGUUCCGGUGGCACCGGUACAUGGCAGCCUCACCUCUGUCAGACUGCCCCAAAGCAGUUGUGGCUACUAUCCAGUAGCUUGUAACCUCAGUGUGUGAAUGUGUGUGUGAGUGGAUGAAUGACUGACUGUAGUGUCAAGCUCUUUGGGGUCCUCUGGAUUUGACAAGGCACUGUAAGGCAAUUCCAUCCAAGUUUGUCUUUUAUUUUUCCUGAAAGAAAGUAUCAUCUGAACUGACUACAACAUAUUUAUUAAACCCACCCUAAAAUAUGAGGAGCCAGUUAGAGAGUAUCAAGCAGUAGUUUCUCUUGGCAUUUAGAGGCCUGCUUUCAUCCUCAUUGUGUUACAGUAAUCACUGAGGUGAAAACUAACCAUGUUCCAAUUUCUGAAGUUAAGCCGAGAUUCGAGGAGUUUUUUAUUCAGGUCAGCCUGUAUCAUUAUCGGAUUGGAUGAAGUAGCUGUUGGUGGGAAGUCAUCUAGGAACUGAAAAACUGCAAGUGUGUUAAUGAAAGAGCUGACUUCCUGCACUGUGACAUUUCUAACAUUUGGGAAAAUAAAAUUGUAGGUAGUUUGGUUACUGUCCCUGUUUAUCCCGCAAGCAAUUCAUUUUAGAAAGUGUUCAUCCUGCAUGUGUGAUUUUCUUGUCAAACAGAUAAUGGCAUAAAACAAAAUCUGAGUUCUGUUGAUGUUGUCAAUUCAUUUGAUAGAGAAAAUUGGAAGAAAAUAAUGGAACUGGAGUCCCUUGUUUUUCAGACUGUAUUUAGUCUGUUUAGUCACAAUGAGCUUUCUAAAAUGUUGUACUGCAACAAUUAGAGAUAUGUAAAGUUAUCAAAUCUCUGUUUUGGUUCAAGUUGAUCUGACAGCUAUAACCUCACAAACUGAUAUGCAAAACAAUUUUCUGCACUCUCACUCAUCCUUGAGGAAGAGGGUAAGCAAAGAGACAGAUGCACUCAUGACCGCCAUAAUACCAAUUAAACAUAACCUGACAUUGAGAUCUGCUCAUACUGAAAGAAUAACUAGAUAUUUAUACUAAAGAUAGAUGUUGAUAAUCGAAAGAGGCCUAAAAAAGAUUGGGUCCAUGUGCAAGUGAGGAGAUGCCAGGCCAAGGAGCUCAAAUGACAAGGUUACAAUGAUGGAUCACAGAAGCAACUGUGUGUUUGACAUGUUUCAUUGCUUACUGUUAUUUAUAGUGUUACUAUAAAUAUGCUUUGAAGAGAAAAUCCCUUCAUGUGUAAGCACAUGUGCAAAAAACUGUAUUGAAUAAAUAUUUCCACAUAAA